AUGUACACUGCCUUCCAGGACUACCUUACAAGGAAACCCUGGCUAGGAUGCCUAUUCUCUGUACAAUUGUUUCAUUUUUUAAAUCUCGGGACCACGGAGUGCGUCGUCCUCACACUGAUGGCCUUUGACCGCUACGUGGCAGUCUGCUGGCCCCUGCACCGCUACCCCUGCCUGAGCCAGCAGCUGGCGGCCACCACCUGGGCCACUGGCCUGGUGGAGUCAGCGGUCCUGACACCACCCCCUCUCCGUCUGCUCUUGUGUCCCCACGGGCAGGUGGGUGAUUUUUUGUGUGAGGUCCCGGCUCUGAUUGCACUGUCCCGCAGAAACGCCACUUACGGUGAGAUGCAGCUGGCUGUUGUGGUCCCUCACUGCCCCUGCCCGAGCAGUGCUCAGGUCAAGUCUGCCACAGGGUGGAAGAAGGCGUUCCGGAUGCACCCCUCCCACCUCGCGGUGGUCACCCUUUACGACUCAGUCAUUACUGUCUACCUGCAGCCCCCAAAUCCCGACGUUCAGCAAAGGGGCAAGUUGUCCAGUCUCUGCUAUGCGGCAGGCACUCCAGCACUUAACAACCCUCUUGUUCACACCCUGAGGAACAGAGGGGCCAACCUGCAGAACCCCCAGAGCCCUGGCCGCGCGGAGGCACGGGACCGUUUGCACAACGCGGGCUCUGGCGCCCUCUGCCGGCUUCACUCGGCACUGCGCCUGACGUCGGGGGAGGGACUUACCUACCUGAGGAAAACUGGAGACCUGGAGAUGGGUAGAGGAAAAAGAGGAUUUUUCUUCCCCCUGUCCCCACCGCUCUCCACACACUGGGAGGGAACAUUCCACCAGCCCACCCUCAAAGCCUCAGCACGUUCACGGCAGCGGCUGCCGCCACCGGAGCCCGAGUUUAUCUUCCAGGAGAGUCUCUAG